AUGAACACUGCAAAAGCUGCUGCUGCUGCAUCGACCCCAAACGUCAGAGGAAGUGUUUACUUGGACUCUUUCGACGCCAGAAUCAUUGAGUACCAAUAUGCAACCAUCAAAUUACAAGCAUUGAUAACCCAUAUAAAGGCAUUACAGAUCAAGAUACGGGUCAAUCCAUCAUUGAUUCCCUUGAUACACUAUAUUGUGAUAUUGAGUGGGCCUUUACUCAAUAUAAGUGAUAUACUUUCCAAAAGAUUGGAACAAAUAGGGAGACUAGUGCCUCUUAAUGACCAAAGGAAAGUUGCUCCCUCGGUCAAUACUUCUGCAUUGAAUUUUGAAAUUGAUGAUACCCAGCCUACUGAUAUUACGUACGACACCAAUGCAAAGGAAUUACUCCCUAUGCUACUAGGUUUAUAUGAAAAUGCAUUGGCAAUUUAUCAAAAAAAAUUACAACAGGUUGUAUUGGAGAGAGAUGCUAAUAGAGUUCCUGCUGCGAAUGGAGCACCUAUUCCAAUUGACCUGGCCACUUUCAAGGAUAUCCUAGAACCAUUGGAACUCAAUGUUUUUUCAAAAUUGCUGAUUGAACCUCAAGAAUUGGAAUCUUUUAAAUUCAAAAAAGUACCAUUGGUGAUUGAUUCAAUAAAUAAAAGCAUCAAAGUCUUGGAAGAGUAUGUUCAGCAAUUACAAACUUUUAAACAAAAACCAAAUGACUCCGUUUUGAAAAGGCUACCGUAUUGGAACUAUACAAUUCAUAGAAUUUUUGCAUCAUUUGUUAAAUUAUCGGAAUUAUACACAAUCCUAAGGAAAUUCGGAAGAGAAUUAUAUUUACCAGUUGAUGAAUAUUUGCAUAAUCCUAAAAUCUUACACAAUAAUGUGAAAUUGGAACUAUCAUUGAAUGAAGCUGAUGAUUUUUUGAAAAAUACAAGAAAAAACCAAAAUUUGGUGUUUACUUUAGCAAAAGCCACUAGACAAGGUUCUUAUUUCCAUGUUAAAAGUUCAAUAAUCAUAGAGUUUAUCAAUACGUUGGCACCCUCCGUGUCAUUAGUGUCUAAAUUGUCAUUAGUCGUUUUGACUUUAACUAAAAAUUGGGAAUUGGCUGAAUCAAAAUUAUUGAAAAUUGAACAAGAGAUGAAACAAAGAGAGAAAAACUCUAGAGUUUCCUCACCAACAUCACCAACCAGUGGUGAAUCAUUGAAUGCUAAAAAAUUGGAAGUUCUAUUCAAUCCUGAAAAGAAUAAACAAUCUCAAGAAUAUAUUGCCAAGCAACAAAGAGAACGUGAAAAAAGUGCAUUAGAGGACCGUAUUGCUAAAGAAAAAUUGGAAAAGGAAAAACAAUUACUUGAGGAACAAAGAGCUAAAAGGAGAGUUGAAGAAAGAGAAAGACAACUAAGAGAAAAAUUGACUAAGGAACGUGGUGAUCUUUCACCAAAUGUUUCAAGACAAGGUUCUAUUAGAAAAGCAACAGCUAUUACUAGAGCUAGAUCAAAUAGUAACAGCUCUGUUUCAUCAAAUUCAAGUGCAUCUUCAUUAAAUGCUCUGACACGUACAGAUUCCUUAGGAAGUCUAAAAGUUUCAUCACCAACUGCAUUGAGUCGUACUUCAUCAUUACAGAAAAGACCUGCAUCUGUUUAUAUUUCCAGUCCAGCGUUUGAUAUAAGGACACAACUAAGACGACAAGCAGCUGCUUCUGCUAAAGAGGCUCCUUCCAACACAACAACUGCUUCGCCUGUUGGUAAUCGUCGUCGUUCACAAUCAUUACAAUCAUCAUUGCCAUCUACUCAACAGAAUAAUUCAAUGUUGGCAGCCGCUGCUGGCGCUGCAGCCUUGAAGCAGGAGAGACAUUCUUCAUUAAAAUCCAAAACUGAAAUAACCCAUGAACAAGUCAUGCAAUACAGACAACAACAUCAACAACAUUUACAAGUGAAGCCAUCGAAACCUCAUUCUCGCAGUCCUUCACCAUUAAGAACAAAAUCACCAAAGAGUAAUACUGAAUUACCGAACAUUAAUGAGUUGACAUUAGAUGAUACUCCAUCUAAAUCAAAACCACCAUUAAAAUCAGCAUUAGCAUCCAAGAAACCUUCCCAACCUGCACCAACAUCACCAACUCCACAGUCUGCCAAUUUAGCAAUACCUGAUUUGGUUAAUGAAACUACUUCAGAAUCUUCAGAUAGUACAUAUGAUCAUUUGAACCAAGAUACCGGGUCUCCAAAGAGCUUAGAAACAAUCAAACCAGAUACCAAGGAACCAUCAACUCAACACUUUGAACCAGAUUUGGAGAUUGAACCAUCAAAACCCAUAGUUAAAAAAGUUCGUUUCACUGGUGUUCCUGAUGAAAUUGAAGAGGAAAAACCGAAAAGGAAAGGUUGGAUACGACCACCAAAAAUACAGUCACCAUUUGCAGCAACUUCUUCCCAUAAUAAAGGGACUCGUUCAGCAUUAUCUACGGCUGCUGAUGCCUUACAACAAGAACGUAUGAUAUUUCAUAAUAUCAAAAGAGGUGAAUUGGAUGUAAACACUGGUAAUAUUGUUAUCCCUAAUACUAGUAAUAAAAGGGUCAUGAACACAUUGGCAGCCUCCACUAAUAACAACCAUCGCUUAGGAAGGUGGAGACUUGGGAAAUAA